CGACGUGGCAAACAAAAGGUUCACUUCCUGUGAGUAGAUCCGUGUUGACAUCCGCCUCGCUGACAUCUGUCAAACCGGACUAUCUUCAGUUUUUUGUAUGGUUUAGUUUCUCUGUCCUGUAGCCAGAAGCGGGAGGUUUUUAUUCUUACGACGACGGGCUCCGGGAGCUCAGCAGCCAGACACCAGGAGAGAGGAUGACCGGUCUGUUGUUGCUCGGAGGUCUGCUACUGUUCUGGGGCAGAGUUUACUGCAACAGAGGGGCAUACCCUUCCUUCACAGACGAAGUCCCUUUCAAAAUCACUUGGCCGGGCACUGAAGUCUCACUGCCGACUUCAGGCGCGCUAUACAGCGAUGAUGACUUUGUCAUUAUGACAACAGCAGAGAAAGAGAAGUAUAAAUGCCUUCUACCAUCUCUGGCCUUUGGAGAGGAGGAUGACGGGAAAAACUACUCUGGACCCAGUCCAUAUGAACUGCUGGAGCCACUGUUCAAACGAAGCAGCUGCUCUUACAGGAUUGAGUCCUACUGGACGUAUGAAGUGUGCCACGGGAAGCAUAUAAGGCAGUAUCAUGAGGAGAAGGAGACGGGUCAGAAAAUGAGUGUUCAGGAGUACUACCUGGGUAAAAUGAUUCAGAGGAGUAAUUCAGCAGAGACAGUUGAAGAGAUGGAAGAUGACAAAGCAGCUAGAAAAAAGGAAGUCUCCACGAAAAAUAUAGAAGGUCAACUGACCCCUUACUAUUCAAUGGAAAUGGGAAACGGGACCCCGUGUUCACUGAAACAGAACGAGCCGCGCUCCACGUCUAUUUUAUACGUCUGCCAUCCAGAGGCCAAGCAUGAGAUCUUGUCUGUGGCCGAGGUCACCACCUGUGAAUAUGAAGUUGUGGUGUUGACGCCUCUGCUUUGUGCUCACCCGAAAUACAGGUUCAAGUCCUCCCCGGUGAAUGCCAUCUUCUGCCAGGCCCUGGCGGGGUCCCCCCUACGGCCUCAGCGGCUCGUUCAGUUGGACAAAGAGCAGGAGGAGCAGCUCAAACCCCCUUUUGGCACCGCUUCCCGAGGGGACGAGGCAGCACCCGUCGGAGAGGAGGCCUUCACCUCCACCCACAAGCCCAUCAUGGUUGGGGGGCAGGCUCAGGUCGCCGUCGGCACCACUCACAUCUCUCGCCUGACAGAUGACCAGCUGAUCAAAGACUUCCUCAGCGGCUCGUACUGUCUGCAGGGGGGAGUGGGUUGGUGGAAAUACGAGUUCUGCUACGGGAAGCAUGUCCAUCAGUACCAUGAUGAUAAAGAGCAAGGCAAGAACAUUGUGGUGGUGGGGAACUGGAACGCUGAGGAACACAUUGACUGGGCCAAGAAGAACGUUGCCCGGUCCUUCCAGCUCAGGGAUGAUGGCGUGCAAAAAGUCAAAUCCGUUUCCCAUUUCUACGGUCAUGGCGACGAAUGCGAUCUGACAGGAAAGCCCAGACAAGUCAUCGUCAAGCUUAAAUGUAAGGAGUCUGAGUCGCCCCACGCCGUCACAGUCUACAUGAUGGAGCCUCAGACCUGUCAAUACAUCCUCGGGGUGGAGUCUCCGGUUAUAUGCAGAAUUCUGGACACCGCUGAUGAGCACGGACUCCUGUCAGUCUCCGGUUAGAUUAAGGACAUCGUGACAGCAGGGAGAGAAGAGCACCCAUUAAACUGAGGCUUGUUUGCUGGAAGAACAAACGCUCGUGACACUGUGUUGAAAACCAAAACUGAGGUUUGACCUGAUCCUGAGGUUGGACUUCAUGGACUGGAGCGCAGCCCAGUCCGGCCUUCAUUCGUGGCUGUGGCCACAAACCCACUCCUGCAAGCCAGCUGGCCAGAACUCAAAGAAAAAGAGGCUCAACGCCUCCCCCUACAGGACGGCGGUUUUAUUUUCUAAAUUUUAGGUGUUGCAUCCGUCAACUUUAAGAAAGAAGUGCUGAGGGGAAGCGACUCCGUUCAUAGUGAUUUUACUCUGUCUUUCCAUAUGAAGGACUGGACUGGACCACUUUUCAUAUCUUUAAAAAACCAUUUUGCAGGUGUGAGAAUGCAUGCUGUGUCAGCCUACAUAACGAGUGAGUGUAACUUAUAUGUUAGGGGUGUUGCCUGUGGAAAAUCAUCAAAAAGGAUUUAUUAAAAUUGAAUGCAUUGAAUGUGCAGAAUGUGGUAAUUGUGUAUUUUACGGAUGCACACUGGACUGUGUUGCUGUAGCAAAAGAAUGCAAACCUGUUUUUUAUAGCGAGAACAAAUCCACCUAAAUUGCCACUUAUAAGGGGAAAAAAUGCCUUAACAGAGACAUGCCAACAAAUGUUUCACCGAAGGAAAUAAAUGCAUCUAUUGACAUGCCUUUA